AUGUCUUUACAUGGGUUUGGUAACCAAACUUUCCAGGGCCUCCCAUCAGAUAUGAUGACAACCGACAUAUGGAUAACGCUUGAGGGGAGUUUAACCAUGACACAAAAUGACACAUUUUACGACGGUGACAAUGACGUCAACGGAACCUUUGAGGUGCCUCGGCAAAAUGACGAAGAUGUUGGUUUAAUUUGGGAUACGGGAAAGAUAAUCAUUGCUGUUGUGAGUAUAGUGGUAUCGACUAUCACUGUUAUGGGCAACCUCCUUGUCCUGUAUGCGUUCUGUGCCGAGCGUCGCUUACGCACCUACACCAAUUACUACAUCGUAGGUCUGUCUAUAUCAGACCUGGUUGCAGGAGCAUUCACUAUGCCCAUGUACAGUAUAUAUUGGGUUCUUGGGAACUGGCCAUUCGGGGAAGCACUUUGUGAUAUCUACCUGUAUCUCAAUCAUGCAUUUAUCCAUAUCACUGUAUUGGGUAUCCUCGUCCUGGCCGUCGAUCGCUACCAGGCCGUAUCGCGACCCUUGAAGCACCUGCAGAAACGCACGUUGCGUCACGCAAGUGCCAUGAUCUUCAUCUCGUACGCGAUCCCGUUCUUCAUAUGGUUACCGUACACUAUUCUCUGGCCGUACUUUGUCGGUGAACGUCGCAUAACUCCCGGUCUGUGCUUUCCUCAGUACAUUAAAGACAGUUUCUUCUUUACCAUCUUGGCCCCCAUUGUCUUAUUUUGGAUCCCCUUGCCCAUAACAUCUGUGCUGUACUGGCGCAUCUACAUGGUCAUCCGGAGCGCGAGUACCCAACGCAGAGGUCCAGUGAUGCUGCAGGAGCUGAGCACGAGCUCAAGCAGAGUCCCGACAGUGACGGGUGAUGAAAAAGUCCCGAACAUAAGCGUGGAAGUUUCAUCUCAAGACCGAAAUCUCAACCCACAGAUCUUACAUAACACCGACAUUGAAAGCAACCAGAACUUAGGUCAUGAAAACCCGGGGUUCUUUCCAGGCGAAGAACAGCAACCAGAACUUCAAAGUAAUACUAGACCGUCAACACUCAUCACACCCGAAGUCGGUAGCACCAGGUCGGCCCCCGUCCCUCAGCCCAACCCACAGGUGGGAAAAGACCGAGAGAGCAGCAAGGAAAGCAACAGAGCUACCCGUACACUGACCCUCAUCUUCAUUGUGCUAAUGGUAUCCUCGAUACCAUGGUCUAUCAUCGUGCUUAUACAGAGCCUCUGCCCGACAUGCUUGCCACUUGUUUUGUAUCAGACCAGCGUGUUUGUUGUACACAUGAACAGCACCGUGAACCCGUUCUGCUACGCCAUAGCCAACCCACUGUACAUGGAUGCAUUUAUGAAUCUUGUUUGCUGCGGUAGACGCACCAGACGCAGAGAUAGUCACGUUCAAGGGAGUAAUAUUAAACGCUGA